AAUUCUCAAGGCCCUAUUCGAAAGUUUUUUUUUUUUUUUUUAAUUCUUCAAUUUCAACUAUUCACGUGACGUUCAAAGCUACAAAGCUAAAGUAUAUCUGUUAAAUUAAAAUAAAAAAAUUGAAGAAGAGCAGUAUUAGUUACUUUUCCAAUUUUGACUAAUUAAAUUCGAUUAAUUUAAUAUUUUAAAAUUUUCUAAAUAUUUAUUAUAAAUUGUAAUAGUAAUUUUUUGUCAAUAUGAUAAUCUUUUGGGUAAAUCAAUCAAGGGUUGGGAGCACCUGAGUUUUGUGAGACAGAACGAUAUUAGCAAUGAUUUGUGUGAAACACAAGUUCCUUCAUCCACAGCAAAGAAAGUAGUCAGAGUAAACCACGGACGGAGCAUGUCGCUCGCAAUUUCACUUCAGUUACAACUUGUUCCACCAUCAGGUUUCAGCAGCAAUAAAGCUGAGCCACCUACUGCUGCUGCUGCUAAUGUUUCUCUAUCGCUCCUCCCUACGCCUCAUUUUAUUCGCCCACUUCGGUGCUCCUCGUUUUCCAAUAGCUCAAUUGCUGCUACCGGUAACCGAACUGGACGGUUAAGAUCCAUCCGCUGUCUAUCUGCUCUGGAUCCUAACUUGAAGGCUACUCUGGAUAAGGUUGUUACAUCACAAAAAAUCGUGUUGUUCAUGAAGGGAACCAAGGACUUUCCACAAUGCGGAUUCUCACAUACAGUGGUUCAGAUAUUAAAAUCGCUUGAUGCACCCUUUGAGACAAUAAAUAUCCUUGAAAAUGAAGCACUUCGUCAAGGCUUGAAGGAGUAUUCCAGUUGGCCAACCUUUCCACAACUCUAUGUUGAUGGGGAGUUUUUUGGUGGCUGUGACAUCACCGUAGAGGCUUACAAGAGCGGAGAAUUGCAAGAAUUACUAGAAAGGACACUCUGCUCCUGAUGAAUUGUGAUGUAAUAAACCCAUUCUUGAAUAGUUAUGGACCAUCAGGUGUCUUGUAUUUCUUCCUGCAGAUGAUAAGUCAAAAGAGUACACUAUGUUUAUUUCCUCUUCUUGGACUGGACUUUUAAGACAUGAAUACAUCUUGAAAAAUAUGGUUUUUCAA